GUAAGGUACUAGAGACAUAAGAACUGAUCUAUUGUUGCUAUAGGAAUAUAGUGAUGGCUUCACGGUUUGGCCUGAAGAGAGUUGGAAGAUGCUCGGAGUACUCGGACUCCCAUCUGCUUAAGGAUCCCAGCCCUUUGAAUGUGCUCUCUCACAGCUCCUCCUGGUGGGCUGACAGGGAGCAAGGAGACUCGCUCAGGGAGCAUCUAAAGGAGAUGGAUAAACAUGUGGCCAGGCUUCAGGACAUGCUGAGUUGUGAACGGGCCAAAUGCACCCGUCUGCAGCUGCAGUGUAACCAGCAGGAGGCGGAGCUGAGGCUUCGAGAGCAGCACACCAACAGAAUGAAGGAACGAUUGUCUCAGCUGACGGACCAACACAGAGAGAAAGGACCCUCAAUAGAGGUGUUGAACUUUCCACCUGGAGGUCGAGGCAAAAGAGAAACUCCAAUCAAACCAUUCAGGUCUACUGCCAAGUGGGAAGAGGCAACGCUGCGUCUGAUGCUGGAGCGCAGAGAAGCAGAGCUCAGGGAGGCGAUGAAGCUGCGCCACAGCCUCACCACUUUACUCCAUGCACUCCGAGUCGACAUGGAGCAUACCCUGUCAGAUGUGGUGGAUGUUCAGAAUGAAGACAAAAGGCUGGAUCACGCUGAGAGAGCGCUUGGUGACCAUGUAACAGGAGGUGUGGUUCAUAGUUGGAGGCAGGUGCAGAUGAGACUGGAUGACGUACCAUCUGAAGGCCACACUGGCGUUGAUACCGACCAUGACAAGCUCCUGGCCCGACUAGAAACUGAACUGAAGGAGAGUCAACAGCUUGUCAGAUUACAACAGCAGCUGCUGCAGGACAGCCUCACAUCACCCGUCACCGCUGAACUGGCUGAUUCCUACUUUUUGGAAGAGUGGGAACGUCUUCAGGUGCGCUGGGCCGAGCUCGAUCAUCAGCGGCGGACUUUUGAAAGGGAGAGGCAGUCCUUCACCGACGCUGCCAUCCGACUGAGCCAUGAGCGCCGGGAUUUUGAGCAACAGAAGGCCGCACUCCUGAAGCAGCAGUAUCUGUGUGACUCACCCCUGUCUGGUAAGGGAGCACCAAGCAACAACACGAGAGGGAGCACAGCACUCGAUUUCUCAAGUUUGGGGCCCAUUGGCAUAUCUGACUGUCUUCCCAUUACGCCAUCUUCUACCAAGUCGGGGACAGCUGCUCUUUCUGGAUCACAAGAGGGAGGAGUUCAAACCCCAAGCACUCCUGAGCUGUACUCUGCCCUCAACCUGUCAUACAACUGCAGAACCAGAGAGGUCGAUGACCAGUCAGAGAGAUGGGACGGCCGAGUAGACGGGAUUGUGCAUACACAACAGGAUGCACACUUAGACUGGUCUUUUUAAUACUAUUUUGACGAUAGCUGGUGAUUUAAAAACA